AUGACUAAACUGCAAGUUUCUUGCGUCCUCUUCUUCCUCUUCGUUUCCUGCUCCGAUGCAGCCUACAAUGUGCUCAGUUUCGGCGCCAAGCCGGACGGCAAGUCGGACUCCACGCAGGGGUUCCUUCGGGCCUGGGAGGCGGGGUGCCGAUCAGCUACGGCGGCGACCGUUUACGUGCCGAAAGGAAGGUACGUUCUGCGAGCGGUGGAGUUCAGAGGGCCAUGCAAGAACGAGAUCAACUUCCGGAUUGAUGGCACGCUUGUUGCUCCUUUGGAUUACUGGAAACUCGGCAACUCCGGCAACUGGAUAUUGUUCGUCCAGGUCAACCGGUUGACGGUCAUUGGCGGCAGGCUUGACGCCAAGGGAGCAGGCUUCUGGACCUGCCGGAAAUCAGGCAGUAAUUGCCCUGUCGGAGCAAGGUCGAUAACAUUCAAUUGGGCUAACGACGUGGUGGUGAGCGGGUUGAUAUCGAUAAACAGCCAGCUGAGUCAUCUUGUGAUCAACAGCUGCAACAAUGUAAUGGUUCGCAAUGUGAGAAUUAUCGCGCCUGACCAGAGCCCUAACACCGACGGCAUUCACGUGCAGUCCUCCACUGGCGUGACGAUUGACAGCAGCACCAUUAAAACUGGCGACGAUUGCAUUUCAAUCGGUCCAGGGACCAGGAACUUGUGGAUGGAGCGGAUUCAGUGUGGCCCUGGACAUGGCGUCAGCAUUGGUAGUUUGGCGAGGGAUUUUAACGAAGAAGGUGUGCAAAACGUAACGCUAACAAACUCAGUCUUCACCGGAUCUGACAAUGGGGUGCGGAUUAAGUCCUGGGCAAGACCCAGCAAGGCGUUCGUGAGAGGCAUCGAAUAUCGAAACAUCGUGAUGCGAAAUGUCAAGAACCCGAUCAUCAUCGACCAGAAUUACUGUCCCAACAACCAAGGUUGCCCUAAUCAGGUGAGACUUUCUUCGGGGGUGAAGGUAAGUGGGGUGACAUACAGGAACAUACAAGGAACAUCAGCGACCCAAGUGGCGGUGAUAUUUGAUUGCAGCCCAAGCAAUCCAUGCAGGGGGAUAAGAUUGCAUGACUUGAAGCUGACUUACAUGAGAAAACCAGCACAGGCAUCCUGCAAGCACAUUGCUGGAACCACCAGAGGUGUCGUGGUGCCAGAAAGUUGCUUAUAA